AUGGAUCCCUACGGCAAAGAAGUGGUACUAAUCACGGGGUGUACGACUGGAGGCAUAGGCCAUGCCCUGGCCCGGGCGUUCGCCGCCAAUGACUGCCUGGUCGUGGCCACCAGCAGGUCCCAGGGUUCGAUGUCCGAUCUCCAGAACGACCCCAGAUUCUUCCUGCAAGAAUUGGAUGUUCUGUCAGAAGAGAGCGUACAUCACGUGCUUGCCAAUGUUCUGGAGAAGUAUGGUCGGAUAGAUGUGCUGGUUAAUAAUGCUGGGGUGCAGUGUGUAGCCCCUCUUGCUGAGAUCCCUCUCUCUGCUCUCCAAGACACUUUCAAUACAAACGUCUAUGGUCCACUACGGUUGGUUCAAGCAGUUGUUCCUCACAUGGCAUCCAGGAAAAAGGGGAAGAUCGUAAAUGUUGGAAGCAUAACUGUUAUGGGACCUGGACCAUGGUCCGGUGCCUAUACUGCAUCCAAAGCUGCUUUGCAUGCACUGACUGAUACAUUGAGAUUGGAACUCAGACCUUUGGGGAUCCAUGUUAUCAAUGUUGUCCCAGGAGCUACCAGGUCGAACAUCGGGAAUUCAGCCAUAGCCAACUACAACCGGAUGCCUGAAUGGAGCCUAUACAAGCCCUUUGAAGCAGCCAUCCGAGAGAGAGCCCAUUUUUCACAAGGACAUAAGUCGACCCCUUCAGAGGAGUUUGCAAGGAAGACAGUGGCUGCUGUGCUGAAGAAGAAUCCUCCGGCCUGGUUCUCCUCUGGCCGUUACUCCACCAUUAUGGCAGUCAUGUACCAUCUGCCACUCUUUAUUAGAGAUUUUAUUCUUAGAUUGGCAAUGAAAUGUUGAAUUGCAACUAGUGGUUACUUUCGAUCGAUUGCAACUUGUGCUGAAAAUAGGCACACAUGACUACCCUACACUUCAUAAUUCGAAGAUCUUCUUAGAAAACUGAAUGACAAAGAAGGUGAUAAUUAGUCUGUAAAAGGUAAUCCAUAUCUUCACGUUUUCGUUGAGUAUACAAUGAAAGCUGGACAAUGAAUAAAACGGUUGGCAUAUUCUCUCA